AUCUGCAGCUUCCGGGAUCCGCACAGUGGAGAGCUGGUGUCGUUUAAUACGGCGAUAGCGAAGAAUGUGCUGCGGAAGCGCGACGGCCGCUAUCUGCUGGACAGUGGGAAGGGUGUGCUCAUCCCGUUGGAUGAAGCCGUUACGGGGGGCUUGGUGAGGGAGGAAAUUUAUGAAAUGUUUAACCGUCCGAUUGGGGUGUAUUUUGCGGACGGCGUGGAAGGUGGCCGGCAGAUGACACUGCUGGAGUUGGUGUGUAACGGGAGAAUCGAUCCGAAGACAGGCUUCCUAUUGGAUGAGGCAGGUCGUACGGUUGCGCUAGAACCGGCGAUCGAACGUGGCAUUAUUACACCGGAAGGGGCACUGUUGCUUAUUAGCUUGCUCAACAUUACGCUCACCAUCGAAACAGUCACGAAGACGAUCAAGCGCUACGUUACUAUCACGCACACGGGCGAAACGGUUGAAAGUCAACCACAGGUACUGCUGUCGUUCACCGAAGCAGUACGCCGGGGGUUGAUCGAUGAGCGAACACGCACAUACCGCGAUCCGGUAUCCGGUAAUUUGUACUCCAUACAGCAGGCCCUUAACCAUGGGUUGCUGCUGCCCGAUACGGAAGCGGUAGAGUCGAUGCAGUUUGAAACGCAGGUUGUUAAAAACUCCAAACAGCUUAGCAUCACGACGGAAAGCCGAACGCUGGACGAACGAUGCAGCUUAGAGCUGCCACCAAAUGGGUGGCCCCUCCAGGAAGCCAUCGAACGGCACUUGCUCAAUCCGGACACCGGUUUGCUGUUGAUCCCCGGUACGGAUCGUCUCGUGAGCUUCGAGGAGUGCAUCAAACUGCAAAUCAUUAAUCGACAAUCGGCCUUCGUGUGCGAUCCGAAACAUCCGGAACGGCGCGUAACCAUCGAUCGAGCACUGGAAAAGAACAUUCUUGAUUCGAUCGGCCGGUAUGCGGUUCGCCGGGGUGAACAGCUAACAAUGCGCGAAGCAAUCGAUGGCGAGUACAUCAUUUUCGAACCCUGCGCUACGGAGCCUGGGGCCAAGGAGGGCGGGCUUCGUCCGCGAACCAUCCAGAUCACCAAACGACCCGGUCAAUCGGAUCGUGUUGAAAUAUCUUCGGCAUCCGGCAAGCCAGAGGAGUGUGUGCUAGUGGAAGUGAAGGGCAUUCCGACGCCGGAACUUAUAAGUCCGGAACCGCUGCAGCUAGCACCGGGUAUUAUCUACGAUCCGGCAACGGCGCUAGUGAUAUUCGCCGAAACGGGACGUUCGGAAAGCGUUGUGAGUGCGGUGGCGAGUGGGAAGGUAGAUUCGGCACUGGUACAGUUGGUCGAUCCCACGGACACCGCCCGGCGAAUACCGAUCUCGGAAGCACUGGAGCGUGGUCUGAUCGAUGGGCAAACGGGUGCGAUCAAGACGGCCAACGGAUCGAUCAGUAUGAUCGAAGCCAUUCAGAAGGGAGUGCUACUGGUGGCCGGUGCGCCUCUAGUGGCCGCUGCCGGAGCACUGGACUCGUUGAAGCUCAUUACCGAUCCGACGACUGGGGAGCAGAUUCCGAUAGAGCUGGCUUACGAGCGUGGACUCAUAACGCACAGCCAACUACCGAGUCCCGAACGAGCCGCUCUGCUCCGUAAGGCACUAUCCAUCGAGAGCCGUCGAUCUUCGGAGGGCAUUACGGUGGCCGUGACAAAGGACCUACAGGAAUACCGGCGGUCAAGUCCGGUUGCGUUGCAAAAGAUGCGAAAAUGUGUCCUGCGACCAAGGGAUGCAGCCGAGCAAGGCAUACUCGAUGAGACGACGGCGGACAUUCUCGAAGAUCCGACCCUGUUUGCGAGCAGCCCUACGACGACGCUCGCGGAUCUAUUGAGCAGUGGAAAGCUAAAUGGAGCGAGUGGUCACAUUGUUGAUCCACAGCGUGGUCAUGUGCUGAAUGUGCAGCAGGCAGCUGAGCGCGGAAUACUGGAUCUGCAGGGUACCAACAAGGUGUUUGUACCGAUCGCUCGCUGCCUGAGUUUGCCGGCCCUAGAAACGCAGGGUCUGCUGAGUACGAGGGAUUCCAAGAUUUAUCAUCCGGAAACCGGGGACUUGUUGACGUUGAGGGAGGCGUUGCUGUGCGAAAUCGUCGAUCCAUUGGCGGCGGUGAUUGUGGACGAUCGUACGAUGUCGCUCGAGCAAGCCAUCGGCGAGGGUCUUGUGAAUGAGGAUCGCUGUACGAUCGGUGAGCAGCUUAAGCUGGCCGAUGCGAUCGAUCGUGGCCUUUGUUUACCGUCCAACUAUGAGUCGAAGAUACCACCGAUCGGUAUGUCACUGCCGGUGAUCGUCGAACGGGGAUUGCUGGACACGACCGACGGUGUAGGUCGCGUGACGCAUCCGAUAUCGCGCGUUCCGAUGGCGCUCGAGGAUGCUCUGAAAACGGACUUUAUCAUGGCCACACCGUACACUCCGAAUGCGAACGGUGUGGCGUUGGUGGAUGCGAUCGCACGGGGUCUGAUCGAUACCAACGAUCGUUCGUUCAAGGUUCCCGAUGGCAGCCAGAGGGCGAUACCCUUGCGAGAAGCCAUCGACACGGGCCGACUGGUGGUUAAGCCACUGCCGGCACUGAUCCAGAACCUGCAGGCGAACCGGGCCGUCACUUCGGUGAAGGAAACGGUCACCUCCUACCACACGAUCAAGACAAAAACGGUCGAAAUACAGUCCGGCUAUGCACUGAUAUCGGCAACCGAGGUGCAGAACCUGGAGAGUGGUAAGAUUAUGUCGUUGGAGGAGGCUCGUCGGGAGGGUAUCAUCUCGGAGCCGGAACAGACGGAGCAGCGGAUUACGGAGGGUGAAAUCAGUAUAGGAUUCAAUGAUGCGCUACAGCGUGGACUGCUCGAUGUUACCAAGGGUACGUUCACGCAUCCCGCUAGCGGUGAAGUGAUGUCGAUAUCGAUCGCCGUUGAUCGGGGCUUCAUCCGUGGUUCGCAGUCGUCCAGCGAAGAAACGCUCAACCGUUCGCCCGAGAUGCCGCACAAGGUUGUGGCGGCGGGUGAGGGGGGUGAAGUGCUUAGCGCCGAUACUCCCCCGAUGGUGGUUUCACCGAAACGGGCGAUCAAUGAAUCGGCUGGUCAAGGACCGGUAGCAGCGACGAGUAAUAGCAAUAGCAGCAACAUUGGAUCGAACAUUAAGGAUGCAGCAAAACUUGGGUUGAUGGCUGUGGUGGGAGCACCCGUGCUAGGUGGUAUGGCCAUCGCCGGGGCCAUGAAGAAGGCUUUCGAGAAGAAGGAUCAACCGGCGGCAGUUAAUACUGCGGACUUUGAGGUUGUAGGUAGCGUGGAAACACCCACCGUUCCGUUUGUGAACCUGCUGGAUGAUCAAGAGCUAGUGGCCACCGAUGCCACUAGCAUCAGUGAUCCAACGAGUAGAGAUCGGAAGGAGACGACGAAGGAGACGAAUGUACCACAAACUAGUGCUCCCGAGGGUCGUUCAAACGCAUCUUCUGCUGUUACUGCUGCAGUUGCUGUAGUGGAAACAAUAGAUCGCAAAGAGGUAAUCACUUCUAAGACGGAAACUGGUGAGCUUAUUGUGCCACCGGUUUCUCAAUUACCUCAAAGCAUCGAGCAAAUGAAAGACGAAUUACCCGAGGAUCGUUCAUCUAGCGCUUCUGUUGGUACUGUAGCUCCUACGGAAUCAGUAGAACGUCAAGUGGUAGCUAGUUCUAACGACCAAAUUGGCGAACCUAUUGCGGCGCCAUCUUCUCAGUUACCUCAAACCAUCGAUGGCCCGAAAACGGAAGACGGUCCAGCGGCUGCUGCCAGUAAGCCUCCGGGAUCCUUGCAGCAGUUCCUCGAUUCGGAAAGAAGCUCUCAUUCCUCGGCGCCAGUAAAUCAGAUUGAAGAUAUUUCGGCGGGCGUUAAAGAUGAAGAAGUUCGCGUUGCAGAACCAAAUGUUGAUCAAUCAUCUGAUUUGCAGAGCAAAGAAGCUCCGACCGAGGAUUCUAAUCGUUCUCAGCAAGUAUUAUCCGAUCGAACUGAACCACCUCAACAGGAGAAGGCUACUACUGGGGCUGAGAUAGCACCACAGCAAAACAGCUCCUUAGAUAAGCCAUCGUCAAUUCCUACCGAGGAUUCCGGCACGAUCAAGACGAAUUCAGCUAAACCAGCUGACAAGGCUCAUCUUGCGCUGGAUGCUCAGCAAUCUUCAUCAGUUGCUCCCACGAACAGCACUAGCGGACAUGACCAACCUUCUAGCGCAUCAGUGAAACCUGACGGCGCUACCACUGCCGCCGGUGAGGCUGGCAAGAAGAUUCUGGACGUGGCCAAGCUCGGACUUAUGGCUGUGGUCGGUGCGCCGCUGUUAGCCGGCAAGGCUGUAGUCGAUGCACUGAAAAGUGAGGAUCAACCCUCAACGGAUGCUGCUGGUAGACACGUGACCUUCCUGGAGCGUACACCCGAGCACCAACCGGGCCGUACUGCUACCGAGCGCAUGACAUUGGGCGAAGCAAUCUCGCAGGGUAAGAUCGAUCCCAAGCACUGCCGCAUCCUGGUGGACGAUAAGCAGAUGCCUUACACGGUCGAGGAGGGUUUGAACAAUCGCAAUGUACGCAUCCACGAUGUAGUGGACGUACUAUCGCCGAUUUUGAUCUCCUUCGUGGAGGGAGAAGAGGAGGACGAUCCGACAGGAACGAGCUCGACGCUACUACUGGACGCCUCGCUAACGGAGGAUCGAUUGGCGGAACUAGGGCUAUUUGAUCCCGAGAAGGGUUGCUUCCUGGAUCCGGUCACCGGUGAUCGUGUGUCGUUCCGGGACCUUCUCUUUGACCCAGACCGCACACCCAUCGAUCCGAAUACCGUGUUCGUGAAGGAUCUAGGGCGCAAUCGGUUCGAGCGGUUAGAUGUGGCACUUCAGAAGCAUCUCAUCGAUAAGCACACCGGUCACAUGCUACACAACAAGACGGGCAAGAAGGUACAGUUUGUGGAGUGUUGCCGUCGUGGCUGGAUUGUCCAGCGACCGGGCGAUGGCACCGGGGA